CCUAUGAUCCCUUUGUAGGCAGCACGACUGUCUUCAGGUAUGCAGUUAGAGACAGUGAGUCAUUCCGGACAUGAGAAGGAUGGGGCUGUAUAUUUCCAACAAGCUGAACGUUGGCUGACUUAAUCUUUUGUGAACAUGUUCGCCAUCACGACCUCUUAUUGGCUGUAGCGUAAGUUGAGGCUGCGCUCAUGCAAUUGCUGUAUGCCUCAUUUGUAAUGUUCAAGUGAGGUGAUAGUGUUUGUUCCGUUGGGGUGUUCAUGCGAAAGUGGAGGUUGGCACGAUGCGUUGUGCUAGGUCUAUAUAAGACUGCAUAUUCCCAUGUUUGUAUAACAGGACUCCUUUUCUCAUGGCAGCUUGAUCUUUUCAGUUUACGAAUCUCUAAAGCUUUCGGAGUCCCUCGAAACAAUUGUCCCCUGAGAAAUAUAAUCGAAUCCGCAAAAUUCCUGCGACACCUGACCAGUAUGGCUGAUACCACCUCUGAGCAUAUUGCUGCUACCCGAGCGGAGCUGGAGGCUAUGGAGCAAGUCUCCCUCAAGGAACUUGGCCCUUGCCCGCCAGACCUGGAAGAGUCAAUACUGGAAAUUCCUCUCAAAGACGGCUUCAUCAGUCACACCAUUCUCGUCAGGCCAGUCGCCAAAUCGUUGCCAUUGACGUCAGGCGCCAACGUGGUAGCUACGAGGUGUCCCCUUAUCGUCUUGACGCAUGGUGGCAGUUUCACGUAUUGCAGUCCUAACAAUGUGCUCUCUCCCGCCCGUGCGUGCGCAUCACACUUCAAUGCCAUUGUCGCUUGCAUAGAGUACAAGCUAUCACCUGAGUACCGCUUUCCUGCAGCGCCUCAAAGCGCAUGGGAAGUUAUCGCUUGGCUUUCCGAACCCAGCAACCUCAAUGAGGGAAUCCUGAAACCUGAAGGCCUGGAGUUUGAUCCCAGACUAGGUUUCGUACUUGGAGGCAUGAGUGCCGGCGCAAACAUCACUGCAGUUAUAGCAGGCAUUGACAGCGCCGCGAAGGCGGGAGGCCAUGACGAGCUGGUACAAGGUCUCCCAGAGAUAGCUUCCAGCAUUACUGGACUGUUCAUCACAGUACCCUACAUGAUGGAAUCCGAGGCCAUCCCCAACCAGUACUUGGAUAUGUUUCGGUCUCAUGAUGAGCACGCAGAUGCACCAUUCCUCAACGCUAAGAGCCUAGAAGACAUAUCGAUGAUCUACAAGCAGGACGUCCGCUCGCCCUGGUUCUCGCCCCUCAACUUGGACCUCGCCAAGAUUCAGAAGCAACAUCCUGGAAAGGUCUAUGUUCAGUGUGGGCAGCUGGAUAUCUUACGUGACGAUGCCGUGAUCUACGAGCGCGUAAUCAGAGACAGAGGCCUCGCGGAAACCAAAAUGGACGUCCUCCAAGGGCACGACCAUGCGUGCUGGUGUAACUUACCCCUGCCUCAGGCUCACACAACGGAAGUAAAGGAGAGAACAAUGGACGGCAUGUCGUGGCUGGUAGGCAUGGAUUGGGACAAGUCAAGACCACUUUCACACUAGAAUAAGUGACCGGAAAGUACAUCGAUAGGUUAGGAAUCUUUUUUUUUAAUCCAAAAAUUGCUCAAGGGUCCAAUUCGGUUGUCAGUCCCUCGUCGUGCCAGGGGCGGUUAUCAUUACGG